AUGGUGCCCCAUUUGAUCUGCAGCAUUCUAUGCGGACUUAGCACCUUCGUCAUCCCCGUGCUUUGUAGAGACUUUCCAUCUACUGCGACCAACCCUACCCAAUACGAUCCAAAAGAUGUUAUUAAGCGGGACGUUAUUGUUGUUGGAGGCGGCUCCACAGGAACCUACAGCUCAAUCCGACUUAGAGAUCAUGGUAAAUCGAUAAUCGUGGUCGAGAAGAAAGCUACCCUGGGUGGUCACGCCGAAGCCUGGAUUGACCCUUCAACUGGUACGGCAAUCGAUAUCGGGGUCAUUGUAUUUGCAUACUCGGAAACAGUCGAUAAUUACUUUGCCCGUUUCAAUCUAUCACUGGCCCCCUUGUCAGACACAGGCCCAAGUAUAUAUGCCGACUUCAGUACUGGGCAGAUGGUUGAUUUUGUCCCACCGAGCCAGGAAGCAGUGGGCGCUGCGUUAGCAGUCUAUAAGAGUCAUCUGGAUAAGUACCCGGCCCUACAAGACGGCUUCAACUUGUCCUACCCAGUCGAUCCAGAGCUGCUUAUCUCAUUCGGAGAUUUUGUUGCAAAGUGCGGGCUGCAGGACAUGAUCCCCCUGGUCUUCACCGUAAACCAGGGAGCGUCACCACUCCUGAACAUCAGCAUGCUUUACACGUUCAAGUACCUCAACGCCGAAGUGGUUGAACAACUUGAGCGAGGGUUUCGGACUACUGAGCAUCACUCCACGACGGAAUUAUACCACAAAGCUGCAGAAUUCCUCGGCCCUGAUGUUCUGUUUAACAGCACUGUGUUGGAAGUAGACCGUUCAUGCCCUGACGAGGUACGAGUUGCCGUUCAGACACCCACCGGCCCCAAGCUGGUAAUUGCGAAGAAACUUUUGUCAACUAUCCCCCCAAUGCUCGAGAAUCUGCAGGAGUAUGAUCUUUCAGAGGAUGAAAAGGACCUCUUUGGCCAGUUUUUCGCCAAUGGAUACUACACCGGUAUCCUCAAGAAUACAAACCUGAACAUAUCUAUUUCGGCCGCGGAACCAGAUCAGCCUUACAAUGUUCCGGAGAUACCAGGUCUCUACUCUUUGAUUGCACUUCCUAUCAGUGGUGGAAUAACAUCGAUAAAAUACGGAAGACCGACAGUGCUCCCGAACGAACAGAUCCAGGCAGAUAUUGUGGCGAGCAUACAGCGCUAUCAAAAAGAGAAUGGAGUGCCGGUGACGGAACCCGAAUGGCUGGUUUUUUCCAGUCACUCUCCCUUUAAUCUCAUGGUUUCUAAUGAUGCGAUUGCCGCCGGAUUCUAUCAGAAGCUCUAUUCGUUGCAGGGCGAGAGGAAUACUUUCUACAAUGGAGCGGCGUGGCAGACGCAAGAUUCGAGCGUCCUCUGGAAGUUCACAGAUGACUAUAUUAUUCCCAACAUACUAGCAUCCUUAAAAAAGUAG